AUGUCGCCCCUUCGAGAUCAACUCCUCAAGACUGCACAAGGAUACCUCGAUGGCCUGAACGAUCCGGGACCAGAUGCUGCAGGCGUAAUUGCUCUGCGUACACCAGACUGCACUCAACGUAUCUUGCCCCAGAAUCUUGAACAGCCACUUCAUACCAACCAAACCUACCAAGAAUUCAUGGCAACUGGAGCCAAAUUGAUGGUCAGCAUGCCCAAAUUUGCCUUCAAUAGCGAGCCAGUGGUGGACGAAUACGCACGGAAAGUGGUGCUCCAUAUGCGCGGAAAGGGCGAGUCGCCUUCGGGACCCUAUAACAAUGAAUAUUUUAUCAUUCUCUCCACGACCGAGGAUGGAACCCAGAUUAAAGAGGUCGUCGAAUUUCUGGACUCUCAAGCAUUCACUUCGUUGGUCGAGACAUUCAGGAAGUUGGCCCAGGAAAGCGCAGCACCAUCUUGA